AUGUCUACCAACCUGGCCCAAUGCCAGACUCUGGUCAGGAAAGCCGUUGCAGCCGGUGCCAAGGCACUGUUCCUGCCCGAGGCCUCGGACUAUAUAGGCUCAUCGGCAGCAGAAACAGUUUCACUGGCUCGCUCCGUGGAAGAGAGUGAAUUCGUCCUCGGCCUGCAAAAAGAAGCCCAGCAAAAGAACCUCCACAUUAAUGUUGGAAUUCAUGAACCGGCCUCGGGCGGCAAAGUCAAGAACACGCUCAUCUGGAUUGAUGAUAAGGGAGCAAUCACCCAACGCUACCAGAAAGUUCAUCUAUUUGAUGUGGAUAUUAAGGAUGGUCCAGUCCUGAAAGAGAGCUCGAGUGUGGAGAAAGGACAGGAAAUAUUGAGUCCUUUCGAAACGCCCGUGGGGCGUGUAGGACUGAUGAUAUGCUUUGAUUUACGAUUCCCAGAAAUCAGCCUUGCGCUGAAGCGUCAAAAUGCUCAGGUUAUUACGUAUCCAUCGGCAUUCACAAUGCCCACCGGCAAAGCUCAUUGGGAGCCUCUCCUUCGAGCAAGAGCUAUUGAAACGCAGUCCUACGUGAUAGCAGCCGCGCAGUCGGGCCCUCAUAACGAAAAGCGACACAGUUAUGGUCAUUCGAUGAUUGUCAGCCCAUGGGGUGAAGUCGUUGCAAGACUGGGAGAAGAAUACCAAGAGCCACAGAUUGCUGUUGCCGACAUAGAUCUAGAUCUGGUGGCGAAGAUCAAGCGGGAGAUGCCCUUGCUCAGGAGGACAGAUGUAUACCCGGAGGUGUAA